AGUUCCUCUUCUGGUCUCGUCCGUGUAAGCCGAGAAAAGGUAGUUCCUCGUCUCUGGGAAUAAAGUAGAUCUCGAGUUCGUUGUACCUCCAAUUGCAAAGCGAGGAGUUGUUCUUCCUUCCGCGAGCUAAGCAGGGCCUGAUGCCCUUCCUAGCGCGGCCGGGAGCCGCUGGCAACAGGUCAUUAAUGUUGUCGGAUCGACGAAGGUCACCGAAUGCUUGUUUCGCGACGGUGUUGAGGAUGGUCACUUUGACGUCGCUUUUGACGUCGCUCCUCAGCCUUCUACCCUUGACCCACGCGCAGAUCUAUCCCUUCGAGAAUGCAGCCGUACCCAGUGCGCGAUCGCUCCACGUGCUGCAAGCGUUUUACGUUUUUUCGGAGCAAGACGCGCCUGCGAAAAUACGUCCGCAGUCGAAGGCCUUCGUCAUUUUUCACGAGCUCAGAAGAACGGAGUCGAAACCAGUAUUGAGCCUCCUGAUUGUGCACCAUUAUCCGCAUGCGCAACAUCCGGCUUUUUUGUUUCCUACAUACAGAAAGGUCGGGCAGGUGAUGUACCAGCUUGCUACUGGCUAUUAGCUAUUACUUAGCAGCAAUGUAAUAUCUACUUGAAAAAUCACCUUACACUCUAUCAGGAAUUGGAGCAUUACAAGGGUGUGCAGCUAACGCUGAUCACGUAUCGUGACUUUUUGCACCAUGUGGACAAGUAUCGAAUGCAAAAGUGUCUGGGUCUGGAAGGCUGCGAACUUGUGAUGCAUACUUAGACCACACAAAAAUCUGUCAUGCUUGGACAGCAAAGGGAGCUCAGCUCCUUUUCCUGUCGCCGAAAGAAGGCGUUUGUCAUGCGAAUUAGGCAUUGGGAGACCGUCUCAAAACCUGUGAUGCUAGUCCUUGCAUGGCACACCUUCUGUGUCAAGCAGACACAGCAUCACAAACCUCAGCAAUCUUCCAGACCCCGACAUAUUUGCACUUGAUAACAAGACCGACUUUUGCUGCUUUCCCAACGAUGAGAACUGCAAGGAGGAUAAGUUGAAAUACCAAAACCUGCUAUUCUGAGUAAAAACGUCUCCGCCCCAUAGUUGUCAUGCAAAUCCGCAAGCCUAAAAUGUCUCUCAUGCGCAGCCCCAACAUGAGAGCCAUGUUCUGAUGCUAUCUCGGAUUUUGUCAUGCUAGAAUCAGGAUAUGGAUAAGAUAGUAGUGUAGUCAAUUUGUCCCAGAUCUUGUCAUGCUCGACAGCCAAAACUUGUGGAUUUGUGUAGCAGAUUUCCCAUCUUGGUUACUUAUGGGGUGGGGACGUUUUUCCACAGGAUACAUGCCGCUGGGCAAAACGAGGCCGCCAACCGCGCUAUCGAUUGAUGUUGUCUCCCCGACGUUGCAACCUCCGCAGGACAUCAGACGAAACAUGACGCAGAGCGGUAUGAUGUAGUGUUGCCAUCGUUCUGAUCAGCCACUUGGUUCUCAAUUUAAAGUUGAGGCCACUACAAAAUUAUUUUGUAGUGGCCUCCACGAUGAGCAUGAGGUUGAGGAUGAACAGUAUCUCGAACAACUGCUGCAUCGCUGAACCAGAAUCGAAUAAAAAAUUCUCAGGUGUAUACCUGCUGAUCUACAGCAAUUGUGGGAAGGAAGAGAAGAUCAAGAUUUCGGGCAAUAUUGUCGUUCGCAACCCCUUCGGAUACCUUCCGGGCGUCGAGUACUGCUAUUGCGAUUUUUCCUCCUGAUCCUGACGUUGAAGUUGAUUAGUAUUAGAUGCCUGUGAAGAGGUGAUCCACCAGUACAGCCGAUGCAAAAAUUGUACCCAUGUAUGGUUCACAAUGAAAUAAAAAUCACAGCUACCACAAGUGGCCUCUGUACGGUUGGCUGACAUUGACCUACGUGGUUCUUGUAUGGGAGUGUCAGGAUUGAAAUCGACAAAGGUAAAACAACUUGUAAUGCAUAAAAUCGAUACCAGCUGGAAGCCCAAUUUCCAAGCAGUGCAUGACAAAUUUCGACACCGUCUACAUCCAGUUUGUCAUGCUGUUCAGGGACAGAAGGCGUCUUUUGUCAUGCUACUUUAGCAGCUCUAUCGCAGACCCCAAACAGGCUGACAGUCGGCAUCGCUUGACAUCCCUGCAAGAGAGGCACUCCAUGCCUUGCAAUUUAUGCAUGAUAAAUUAUUGCAACUUUGUCUUGGUCGAUUUCAAUCCUGACGCUUCAAUAUCUCGUGCUCUACUGGUUGUUCCGCUGCCUCUUCUGGUGGAAGCAACUUUUCGCCAUCCACGGUUGCAUAUGGAUUGCAAAAAUGUCUGGAAGAUCUGGAAGGUUGCAACUUGUCAUGCUAACUUUGGAUGCUAAAAAAAUCUGUAUUGCAUGACCAGCAAGAAGAGGAGCCCAGUUUGUGCUACGCGCGGAGGGCAUUUGUCAUGCGGGAUAGGCAUCAGGAAGGCCUCUAAAAAUAUGUAAUGCUAGAUCAUGCAUUUUUACAGACAUCCUGAGUCAUGCAAAAUAUGCAUGAGAAACCUGGAAAGCUUCCAGACCCAGACAUUUUGGAAUGCAUAUUGCAUCGGCGGCGUGAUCCUCUCCGGGUUGGUGGAGUGCAGUCUGUGGUACAUCUUUUACAGCGAAUGGAACGAGUCGGGAAUCCGCCCCUACGUGCUCUUCAUCACCUGCAUCCUCGCGACGGUGGCAAAGAACAUCUUCUCCCAGGUUCUCGUGCUCCUCGCCAGUCUGGGCUGGGGCGUGACGCAGCCAACGCUGCCGAGGAACACCAUCUUCCGAAUACAACUGCUGACGUUUUUGUACCUGUUGCUCGACGGGGUUAGGGAAGUUGUUUUGUCGGUUAGACACUCGAUGGUGUUACCGCUCUCCUUCGUGCUGCUUUGCUUGAUCCCGGUCGCGUUUUUGCACGGCGGGAUACUGUACUGGAUUUUUGUGUCUUUGUCCUCCUUGCUGGUCAAUCUGGAGCAGACCAAGCAGUCCGCGAAAUUGGAGCUGUAUCUGCAGUUUUGGAAAGUUUUGGUCCUGUCCGUCGUGAUUCUCGGGAUCUCGUUUCUCUACCAGCUGUACAGCUACUCCACCGCAAUCGAGAAGCAGUUGUCCCGGCAGAAAUGGGCGUCUUUGUGGAUUUAUCAAAUGCAAAUAUGUCUGGGUCUGGAAGCAUGCGAACUUGUGAUGCGUGUUUCCGAUCCUACAAAGAUCUGUGAUGCAGAACGUGCAAAAGGUGCCCACUUCUGGCCAUGCUGGAGAGGGCAUUUCUCAUGCAGAAUACGCAUCACCAAGGAGCUGCACAACCUGUGAUGCUAGGCCCUGCAUUCCAGACGUGGGGGAGCUUGAAAAAACUACAUGACAAAUAUCGGAAUCUCCCAGACCCAGACAUUUUUGCAUUGCAUAGGAUUUUCACGGACAUGAUCCCGCACUGUUUAUUCUUACUGGUGCUGCUCACCAUGAUGUAUCUCUGGGCGCCGUCGUCCCGGUCCCACCAGAUGGCCUACUCCGAGCAGAUAAACCAAACGGAGGUGACGAUAGGAAACGUGGUUGAUUGGGAUUUAGAGAACAACGCCGAGGAAGACCCGGACAGCUUCUGGUCGCAAACCGUACAACACGGAAGUAGCACGACGUCGAAAGGCAACAAUAAUGUGAGAACGCCGGAUCUGUACCACAACCGAACACCCAGCACCCCCGGCGGUGGGCAGGGACCGGGAAGGCCGGACACGCCGGAUACAAGUCCGACAAGAAAAAUCUCGCCGGAAGCGAAAGAGGCUUUUUCAUGAAGUGGCAAACUGUACGAAAGGCCAAGAACAUGAUGAAAAGGCAACUGUAGGUCGCGCGACAGAAUUCUUGGAGGAAAAUAAAUAGCCAAGUAUGGAACAGGGUGCUACUUGCUUCAAGUGGCACUUCUGGGUCCAGACUACACUGCAGUGAAGCGGGAUCAAAGAUGAACUUCGCAACUGACAAACAAUUGAUCAAAUGGAUCAGAAACUUCGCCCUUCUGACGUCAAAUUCCAUCUUCUCCUCCGCUCAAGAUCAGCACGAGGACGUGGCGCUUUCUACAAAU